AUGCUGCCAAUUGUACUACCUAAUGCGGUUUUUAACCACUUCCUGCUUGAAUUGCAAUGCCUUCAACUUAAAGCUGCUGUUCGUGAAGGCACUUUAAUCAUUGAAGCUCCUGGGGACCACACGACAUUUGCUUUGUCAUUCCGUGAUGACGAAAAUUCUGAACAAAAGUCUCAAACAAAUCGAACGCCUUUACAAGGCAAAGCCAAUCACCCCUUUAAGUGCAUUGAACAACCAUCAAUAAGUUGUUUAAACGAUUUACACAAUGUAAAUCAGACCUUUAGUUCGGAAUCUAUAUAUUCAACUUCCAUGUCAGAUUGUGCUCUUGAUCUCACUAAAAGUACCUCAGUUUCUUCCUCUACCCAAAAGGCACCUGAGAAGGGAGGUACUGAAGAGGUAAAUGGGAUGAUGAAGAUCUUCCAACUAAACCUCUUCCCAUCUACGAGCCUGCCACUAUUUCAGCCGAUAGCAACCAAUUCAACCAUGUCGUCCGGCAUACGAUUUGGACCUUAUUCUGUUGCAUCAUCUCCGGUGAAACAAAGACGAGUUGGAGAAACGUUAGUUCCAAAACCAUACGGAUAUCGACAGUAUAGAUGUAAUCAGUGUGAUUACAUAUUUGACUCAAUUCGGAAUCUCGAACUCCAUACUCUAGAGACGCAUGGUGGAUACAAAUGCCAUUUGUGCAAAAAGCCGUUUACUCAGCGCUCUAAUCUACAACGACAUGCUCUUAAACACGUUGACUUCAAGCCGUUCGAGUGUAUUUUAUGUGGAAAGGCCUAUUAUCGAAAGGAUCACUUAAUGAGGCAUAUGCAGAAAAUGCAUCCUCUCCAUCCCGCCGAAGAGAAUAUUCAAGUGAAAUUGAGGACUUCGGAAAGUCUCGACUAUCUGAGACAGACGAGAGGAGAGGACUUUCUAACAACCCCUGACUUACGAAACGAAGGCUCUAGAAGUGAAAAUUGCUUGACCUCUGAAGACAAAGGAGUAGAAGUCGGGGAGACAGAUAUAAGGGUUGAUGACACCAACAGCACCAAGUCUUCGGUUAAGUCUUCCACUGAUUUCCUAUCCAAAGAAGGGGUUCCGCCAACUGAAAAUGAGUUUCCUCUUCUCAGUUCGCCUCAUUAG